CACAGAAACAGAGAGAGAGAGUGUUCGCAGCAGCGAAGCCUUAUAGUGCUCAUCCUUACCCAUCACUGCCAUGAUCGUGCCGUCAGGAGCCCGUGUGCUCAGUGUGCUGUGUAUCUUGGCAGUGGUUGCUCCCGAAAGAUUCACGUUCCUGCACGGCUGCCGGUCCGGUGGUUGUAUCACGCAGCAAGGUUGUGUUCCACGGUACAGCCGUUCCAGUACGGCCCUUUACUGUCAACGGUGCGUCAUCGAACGUUGUCAAACCCAAGUGGAGCGCGCGAGCCCGCGACAAGUCUGCUAUCACAUCACCUCACUGGCCAGUGGCCAACGGUUGGCCGCGGUGGAGAACUACGACCGACGGUUGCGCCAGCCGAGGUAUGCCUCGGUCGUGGCCAGCGAUCGGACCGAUGUGCAGGGCCACGACAAGUGGCAUCUGUUUGUGGGACCCUCCAACAACUACUACAUUCGUAACUUCCGCACGGGCGAGUAUCUGAGGGCGAACGACAACAACUUUGCGUACCUGGCGCAGGGUCGGCCGACAGAUGAGAGCUUUCUCUUCAAACCUCGCCUUGUCCAGGGUGCCUGGACGUGUGUGCUGCUCCAGUCGGUCUGCUACGGUGGCUAUCUGUACGGCGAGCGAUACUCGGCCACCAGCAACUAUGUGCUACUGACUCCAGAUCUCCAGCGGUGCUACCAGGAAAGCCUGUGGAGCAUUACCUCGGUAUACUGUUGAGUGGUCACCGUUUUUGCGUCGCGCAACUUAAUUGUGUUCAACAAUCAUGCAGCAUUUAAUUUCGAGACUUGUGGACCGUUCAGAUAUGAAACAGAAUCGGUGAGCAAAGAACAAACUAAAUUCAUCACAGUGAUUGCGAUUAAAGCUGUUUGCAGUGAAAAUAAACCAACGUCCUUGUUCGAUGUUUCGUUUUUCGUUCGCUCUUCAAUGUACAACCUGAA